ACUGAGUGUGCGAUGGGUUUGGAAGGCGUUUGUAUGCGAUAUGGAGUGCAUUGCAGUCGAGUGUAGAGACUGUAGAGAGUGUUAGCGUUUGCUCUCUGUUUGUAUCGCAUAGUGUUUGUAGAGUUGUCUCAAUGUCUCUGACGUGGAGAACAACUGAUUCGCUAUAACUGAUCGUACCAUUGAUUGCAAGACACACUCACCGACAUUGACAACACGUUUACCACAAUCUCAUCCAUUAGAUUAUGACCAAUAAAAGCCAUCGACGGCUCGUCUGUCUCCUCAUCGUAUGUCUCAUACCGGAGACCAUUAGUGAUGAACACUCGCACACCUACGAAGACAACGAAGAGGUGGUGCUGUGGAUGAAUACAGUCGGACCCUAUCAUAAUCGACAGGAAACUUACAGCUACUUCUCAUUGCCAUUCUGUUGGGGCACUAAGAAAGCUAUAUCCCAUUAUCACGAGACUCUCGGAGAGGCUCUACAGGGCGUCGAACUCGAGUUCUCCGGUCUUCAGAUUGAUUUUAAAGCAAAUGUGGGACAAACGCCUUAUUGUGAGGUUCAGCUGAACGAAGAGAAACUGCAGGCAUUCAUAUAUGCGGUGAAGAACUACUACUGGUAUCAGAUGUAUAUCGACGAUAUGCCCAUUUGGGGCAUUGUUGGUGAAGUCGAUGAGAGCGACAACAGCUACUACUUGUGGACACACAAGAAGCUGGACGUCGGAUAUAACGGCAAUCGCAUCGUUGAUGUCAACCUCACGAGUGAAGUGAAAGUCAAAUUAGAGCCAAACAAGAAGAUUGCGUUUACUUAUGAAGUGAAUUGGAAAAAGGCUAACAUCCUCUUCGAGAACAGAUUCGACAAAUAUCUGGACCCGUCGUUCUUCCAGCACCGGAUCCAUUGGUUCUCGAUCUUCAACUCGUUUAUGAUGGUGUUAUUCCUCGUCGGUCUCGUCUCCAUGAUUCUCAUGAGAACUUUGCGUAAAGACUAUCAGCGCUACAGCAAAGACGAAGAGAUGGAUGACAUGGAGAGAGAUUUGGGCGAUGAGUACGGCUGGAAACAAGUUCACGGCGAUGUCUUCAGAUCGCCCGCCAAUCCGCUGUUCUUCUCUGUACUUAUCGGCACUGGAUAUCAUGUGGCGGUCGUCACCUUUGCUGUCAUUAUAUUCGCAAUAAUGGGUGAUCUCUAUAUCGGCAGAGGUUCUUUGUUGACGACAUCGAUCUUUGUAUACGCGGCCACUUCACCGGUGAACGGCUACUUUGGAGGCAGUCUUUACGCUCAAACGGGAGGCAGACUAUGGAUAAAGCAGAUGUUUUUGAGCGCAUUUUCGUUGCCGGCGCUCAUAUGCGGCACUGCUUUUCUAAUUAACUUCAUUGCCAUCUACUAUCACGCCUCCCGAGCCAUACCAUUCGGAACAAUGGUGGCGAUAACGAGUAUUUGCCUUUUCGUGAUAUUGCCUUUAACAUUGGUGGGCACUGUGUUGGGCCGUAACCUCGCCGGACAGCCAAACAGUCCGUGUCGUGUGAAUGCUGUUCCGCGACCCAUACCAGAGAAGAAGUGGUUUAUGGAGCCGGCGGUGAUUGUCUUGUUGGGCGGAAUACUGCCCUUUGGCUCCAUAUUUAUAGAAAUGUAUUUUAUUUUCACGUCGUUCUGGGCCUAUAAGAUCUAUUACGUGUACGGCUUUAUGCUUCUGGUGUUUCUCAUCCUCACGACUGUCACCGUUUGUGUGACUAUUGUUUGUACAUAUUUUCUACUCAACGCUGAAGACUAUCGAUGGCAGUGGACAAGCUUUUUGUCGGGCGCGUCGACCGCCGGAUAUGUAUAUCUCUAUUCUUUUUACUACUACUUCUUUAAGACGAAAAUGUAUGGACUCUUUCAAACCGUCUUUUACUUCGGAUAUAUGGCUCUAUUUAGUGCCGCUUUAGGUCUGAUGUGCGGUAAGUUUCGUGUGUUUUAUUUAACUUAUAAUCAUUUUCUCUAA